AUGGAAUCCAAACUUCACCCUGCCAUGACUAUCUCUAACAUCAAAAAUUUCAUCCCUAUCACUCUAGAAAUCAAAACCGACCACUACACAACCAGGGCAGAACUAUUCCAAGUCCACUGCCGUGCCUACCAGGUGUUUGAUCACCUAGAACCCCCUUCACCAUCGGUCGCCGCGGCUGCUGCUUCCACCGCCGAUGGCAAAUCUCCAGCUCCCGUCGUCGAUCCAUCUUGGUCUCGCCUGGAUGCCAUCGUCCAACAGUGGAUAUAUGGGACAAUAUCCACCGACCUCCUUCACACCAUCAUCUCUACCGGGCAGUCAACAUAUGAAGCAUGGACUGCUGUUGAAAACCAAUUCAAAGAUAACAAAAAUACUCGAGCCUUCUAUAUCCAACAGGAAUUUGCAAAUGUUUGUUUGGAAAACUACCCCAACAUGGUGGCCUAUUGUAUGGAAGUCAAACUCCUUUCUGGUCAAUUGACAAGUUUUGGGUCUCCUGUUGAUAAUAAUCGACUGGUUCUUCAUCUCCUUGCCGGUCUCACUGAUCAGUAUGAUGGUAUCUCAACCAUUCUUCAAAACCGAGAUCCACUUCCUGAUUUUAGUGAGGUUCGGUCUCGCCUCACCAUGGAAGAAAAGAAGCGGACCCAUCAAGCCACUACAGCCGCUAAGGCCAGCGCAACUGCGCUUCACACCGCAGCAACAACACUCACUGACUCCCCCUCCAACAGCAGCAGCUCUUCAGGUCGUGCCCGCCUCUCCAACAGCUAUAACAACAGUCGCGGACGCAGCCGCGGGUGGGGCAGACAGUCGGGUGGUCGUGGUGGCCGCUCCUCUUCUCAGCAGCCAUAUCCCUUUUCUUGUUGGGGACAGUUUCCGUGGAUGCCUCAGUUUAACUCCUCCACCUUCCCUUGGCCACCUUCCAUGGCCCAACCACCAUGUCCGUACCCAUCUGCCCCUCGGACCACCAAUAAUAACAGUGCAGGAAUUCUUGGUCCUCGCCCGAAUCAGGUGUACACAACAGGAUACUCGCCCACUGACAUCGCCCAAGCUCUUUACACUCUCUCUCUAAGCCAUACAACUCCAUCAUGGAUUCGGAUGCUACCGGUCACGUGGGCAAUGAAAAUGGUACGUCUUCUCCGUCUAAUUUUAAUACUUGCACUAAAAACAUAA